ACCGUUUCUUUUAAACAGAUGCAACAAAAUAUAUCUCACUUGCAUGUGAUUGGUGGAAAAAACUACUACCACGAAGUCUAGUGGUUGAACAAUAGUCCAAUCGAAUCAUCAUUACCGACUUAUGAUAAUAAUUUUUGACUAUUACAUUUUCUAUUUUAUCGAUUACUUCCAUUGAGAGGUUAUGGUCGCUAUGAGAUAAACACCUAUUUGUUGUCUAAAGUAAACAAUUACUGUUAAAUCAUAUUGAAAAUACUUAAAAUAUUAAAAAUUUGAUAUAACUUAAUUCCAGAAGAAUACUUAUGUUGUAUUUUCUAUUAUAAUUAAUAGAAUUACAAUUUGUUGAAGAAUAAUCAUCAAUGUUUAUUAUUUGUUAAUCCACGUGGUAUUACAAAUAAGCCACCGAUGAGAUCAGUAUGUGCAUUUAUUGAGUUAUUAAAAACACUGUCAUAUUAUUGAACUACACAUCAUUAAUAUAUAGCAAAGAUGUAUAUUUGAUAAAUCUUGAGAAAAAAAUUGACAGUGUCUGAACCUUUUCAUGUUCCGAGGAUUAAUUAUUAACUGUUUGAGGUCAUCAACAUCUGUUUUUAAUUAUUCUAAAAACUCUAAAAAAAUGGUUUACUCACUGGUUCCCCCAGAUUGUGUUCUUGGAAUGACAGUACUGGAUCGUGAAGCAUUCACAAGUACCAUUGAAGUUCCAUCUUUUAAUUUAGGAACUGAAAUAAAUCACUCUAUCAUGCCGGUCAUUAAAAAAUAUAUACUAAAACUGAGAGCCUAUAAAUCAGUAAAUUGUAUCAAAGAUGACUUUCUUAUAUACUUGGAUCCCGAAAAGGUCGAAAGUUUAGAUGAUAUUGAUGAAACUGAUCGGAAACAAAUUAUGAAAUAUGUAAAAAAAAUUGAUAAAGUACCUAUAACAAUUCAUUACAACAAUUGGAGUGUUGAAAAAAUACUCAGAGCGGUUUUACCUCAAGAUGUAGAAAUACCAUCAUCCUUUACAAAAGUUGGUCAUAUUUUACAUUUAAAUUUAAGGGACAAUCAAUUACCUUUCAAGAAUUUGAUUGGUCAAGUUUAUUUAGAUUGUGUCCCACAUACUAAAACUGUCGUUAAUAAAUUAAAUGUGAUUGAUACAGAAUUUAGAAAUUUUCAAAUGGAAAUUCUUGCUGGAGAUGAUAAUACUGUAACGACAGUCAAAGAAAAUAAAUGUCAGUUUACAUUUGAUUUCGCCAAAGUUUAUUGGAAUUCUCGAUUAAGUACAGAACAUAGUAAAUUAUUAGAAUUUAUGAAUAAAGAAGAUGUUCUGUAUGAUGUUUUUGCUGGAGUCGGUCCUUUUGCUGUUCCUGCUGCCAAAAAAGGAGUUGAAGUUUUAGCGAAUGAUUUGAAUCCAGAAUCGUUUAAAUGGCUUGAAUUCAAUGUUAAAGCUAACAAAGCUAAAAACAUUAAUUGUUUUAACAAAGAUGGUAGAGAUUUUUUAAAAAAAGACGUAAAAACUCAUUUAUUACAAAGACGAAAAGAGAGUAAACUUGGAAACGAGCAUAUCGCUAUGAAUCUUCCUGCAAUAGCAAAUGAAUUUCUUGAUGUAUUUCGAAAUUGGGUGAAUGAAGAAGAGAUUGAUUUAAUAUGUAAAAAUUCUCCUCUGAUUCAUUUGUACUGUUUUGUUAAAGUUGGAAAAGAUGAUGAUCCUGCACCUGUAGCUCAAUCAUUAGUUGAAGAUAGUUUAGGUAUUCCAUUAACUUCUGAAUCUUUGAAAACGAUUCAUUACGUCAGAAAUGUUGCUCCAAAUAAAGAGAUGAUGCGAGUAUCAUUCUAUUUAACUGACGAGAUGAUAAAAUGUGGGGAACCAGUGAGAAAAAAAUCCAAAAUUGAAAAUGAAAGUAAUCCAUUAAAUAAUAAAUGUCUUACAGAUCAUAAUGGGCAAGAACAAGAAAACGUUAAAACCGAAAAAGAAUGUGUUCACAGUACAAACUAAAAAAUCUAAGGGAAAAGCCAAUACAAAGACAAACCAAGGAUUAAAGAAGAAAGAUUUGAAUGACUUCAAGAAGAGAAGCAGCGACAAAAUUAAGGCAAUAGAUCAACAAUUAGUUAAUUUGCGAAAUAGUACAAUUUCACAAAAACAGUCUACUCCAAGUAAAGUAGUAACAUCAUUAAAAAAAGAUA